CUUUACUCUAACAUCGCCAGCAUGAAGUUCACACCGGUCAAUAUGGCACUGUUGUCGCUGGCUGAAUCAAUAUUUACUUUCUAUAUCUUUCCUCAUGUGUUUGCAGCUGGUACUCUGUCAUCUUUCUUCUUCAUUUUCUCGCUUUUCAACCUUGUUAUCUUUCUUAUGUAUCAAAUCAUCGUCUAUCCUUUCUUUGUUAGUCCUCUGAGACACCUACCACAGGCGAAGGGAUUUCUACCAAUCAUUGGGCAUGCUAGGAUGUUGUUUCAGCGACCCAACGGUGAGCCGCACCUCAAGAUGAUGAAGGGAGCACCUAACAACGGCAUUAUUCUUACUCGAGGUUUCUUCCACAGCGACAGACUCAUCUUAACGACUCCCGCGGCUUUAGCAGAUGUGUUAGUUCACAAAAGCUAUGACUUUGAGAAACCACCAUGGGUGCGCGCGUUUCUGAAGAGGUUCCUGGGCGAAGGGUUAUUGGUGGCCGAAGGUGUGAAGCACCAACAACAUCGAAAACGCAUCAUGCCUGCUUUCCAUUUUAGGCACAUUAAAGAGCUAUAUCCUGUCUUUUGGUCGAAAUCCAUCGAGUUCUGCAACGCGGUUAAGAUGUCACUCGAUCAAGAUGCAUCUAAAGUACUCGAAAUUGGGCACUUCUCUACACAGGUCACACUCGACAUCAUCGGGCUCGCUGGUCUGGGUCGAGAUAUUGGUUCCUUGCGGAACAGUAGCGACGAGCUCAUCAAGAAUUAUGAGGAGAUUCUCGAACCAACAAGGGAGAAGGCACUGUUCUUCAUUUUACACUUGAUCAUCCCACCCUGGCUCAUCAGCAUAUUACCGUGGAAGCUCAAUGAGCGAGUCAGAGAAACUACUGGUAAUCUCAAGAGGAUAUGUAAGGAAUUCGUGGCAGAGAAGAAGCUGAAGAUGAAAAAUGAAAUUCCAGAACGCCAAGAAAGCCGCGACAUCUUGUCAAUCAUGAUUCGAAGCAAUGACUUUUCCGACGAGAACUUGGUGGAUCAGCUUUUGACAUUCUUGGCUGCUGGACAUGAAACCACAUCGUCGGCUCUGACAUGGGCAUCAUACUUACUUUCAACGCAUCCAGACGUUCAAGCACGCCUGCGCUUAGAGAUCCACGAAAGUUUACCAGAUCCGAAAGUCCUUUCCAACCCCGGUUUCGAUGUCGCCGGUCUUCUGGAGAGAAUGCCCUAUCUGAACGGUGUCUGUAAUGAAGUCCUCCGCCUCUUCCCAACAAUUCCCGUCAGCUCCCGGAUCUCCAUUCGAGAUACCACUGUCGCCGGUCACUUCGUCCCCAAAGGCACGACGCUAUUGGUGGUACCUUGGGCAAUAAAUCGCAACCCCGCUCUGUGGGGUGCAGAUUCCGAGGAUUUUGUUCCUGAACGCUGGAUUGAUAAGGAUAAGGGCCAAGCAACAAUGAAUGGUGGUGCUGACAGCAAUUUUGCUUUCUUGACAUUUCUCCAUGGACCUCGCAGCUGCAUUGGCGAGCGAUUUGCUAGAGCAGAAUUGAGGGCGCUGCUUGCCGCGUUUGUCGGCAGCUUUGAAAUGCAAAUGGCCGACCCAGAAGAGAAGAUAGUUGUGGGCGGAUCUCUUACGAGUAAGCCGAUAGGUGGGAUGAAACUCAAGUUGACACCUGUGGUUUGGGCAACUUGAAGCAAUGGAUUCCCGCGAUACAUGUUGGGUAGAACUACUUAGGGAGAUAUUGGACGUAUUCAACCUUGAAGCUACGAGGAUGUAUCUCUCUCUUCUAUAUGUAGUUUCUUGUACAUAAGGCGCCUAGAACGUAAGAAGAGAUAUCUUCUUGUCGAUCUAGUUCUGGGGAAAACAUCUUGUAAACUGGAC